UUUGAUGACGCUUUUGAAGGGGUGUGUAGUCUUCGAGAUAUUGAUUUGGCGAAACAGGAUGAACAGGUAUCCACUGAAGAGAUUAAAACAAAUUUGCGGAAACUAAAGUUGAAUCUUGGUAACAGUACAGCCCCAUACACUAAAAAAUUGCUCAAAUAUCUUAAAAAAAUUAAACCUUCCAAUCUUACGUGGAGAGACCCAGAAGCAAGUCAA